AUGGGUAGCCCCUCGAAGGAGAAUGAAAGUAAGGGGUUUUUCGCCGCCAUGUCCUCUAUCUUUACCAACGCUGUGCACCGAUCAGUCAACGGGCUUCUUGGAUAUGAAGGUGUGGAAGUCAUCAAUCCAGAGGGAGGUAAAGAAGAUGCAGAGGAGGAAGCACAUAGAGGAAGAUGGAAACAAGAGGAAAGAGAUGGUUACUGGAAGAUGAUGCAGAAAUAUAUUGGCUCGGAUGUAACAUCAAUGGUGACACUACCAGUUAUUAUCUUUGAACCGAUGACUAUGCUUCAGAAAAUGGCCGAGUUGAUGGAGUACUCCUACUUGUUAGAUCAGGCAGAUGAAUCAGAGGAUCCAUACAUGCGAUUAGUUUAUGCAACAUCAUGGGCUAUAUCGGUGUACUUCGCUUACCAACGAACCUGGAAACCUUUCAAUCCUAUCCUUGGAGAGACUUAUGAAGUGGCUAAUCAUGGAGGAAUUACAUUUCUUGCAGAACAGGUGAGUCAUCAUCCCCCAAUGAGUGCUGGGCAUGCUGAGAAUGAGCAUUUUACAUAUGAUGUGACUUCAAAGUUGAAAACUAAGUUUUUGGGAAAUUCUGUUGAUGUUUACCCUGUUGGAAGAACACGUGUGACUCUUAAGAGAGAUGGUGUAAUCUUGGAUCUGGUGCCACCUCCUACAAAGGUUAACAACCUCAUAUUUGGCCGGACAUGGAUUGAUUCUCCUGGGGAAAUGAUAAUGACAAAUCUGACAACUGGAGACAAAGCUGUGCUAUACUUUCAACCAUGUGGAUGGUUUGGUGCUGGUCGAUAUGAAGUGGAUGGAUAUAUUUAUAAUUCUUCGGAGGAGCCUAAAAUAUUAAUGACUGGGAAGUGGAAUGAGUCAAUGAGUUAUCAACCUUGUGAUUCAGAAGGAGAGCCUCUCCCAAACACAGAAUUGAAAGAGGUUUGGCAUGUUGCUGAUGUUCCACAGAAUGACAAAUUUCAGUAUACAUAUUUUGCUCAUAAAUUAAACAGCUUUGACACUGCCCCUAGAAGGUUGUUGGCAUCAGACUCUCGUCUACGCCCAGAUAGAUAUGCACUUGAGAUGGGUGAUCUGUCAAAAGCUGGGGCAGAAAAGAGCAGUUUGGAGGAGAGGCAGCGUGCUGAAAAGAGAACCCGAGAGGAAAAAGGGCAUAAGUUCAUACCUAGAUGGUUUGAUUUAACUGAAGAAGAGACAACAACUCCUUGGGGUGAUUUGGAAAUCUAUCAAUAUAAUGGUAAAUACACUGACCAUCGGGCUGCUGCAAAUAACUCCUCAGGAAGCAUUGAUGACUUUGAUGUUAAAGCAAUUGAAUUCAAUCCAUGGCAGUUUGGUAAUUUGGCCACGGAAUGA